CAUCUCACUAAUAUCUAUAGGUUGGGUUGCGUUGACUAGUCGUAGCUGCUGAACCAUGGCAUUCAGAGCACUUUCGGUGAACUGUGCAGCUAGCAGUUGCUCCUGCGAGUCAUCAUCCAAAGUAGGAAGUGCCUAUCUAAGUAGUUUAGUCAACUUCACAGACAAUAUCAACGGAUCUUCGUCUAUUUCAUGUUUAGUGCUCCGCAACUGCUGCGUCACCAGUCGUUCAAGCCUCUUCCAAAUCUCUUUUCCAUUCCCGCGCUCCACGCCGUCAUAUGCUGCUUUCAGUCUACCCCUCAGCAACGUGCCAAGUACUGCAACCUUCGUUUCUCUGGAUCCUGGACACCUACCAGCUCCACGACCAACUUGAAGUCCCCGUGGAAGACCUUGAUGUCUCCUUCCUCAAACACUGCAGGUCACGUAGUCUACAUCUUGUCGAGAAGCAGCGACACCAAUUGAAAGGAGCAAAAGACAGGUAUGCAGGAAGGAAUGUUUAUUGUCAACAAGUGGG